AUGAAUACAGCGGAUGCGCAGGACAUUCUUGGUUUAAGCAACAAUGCAGCAAAAGAUGAAAGCGUAAUUCCAGCUGGUGGUUUAACAGAUGUUGAUCGAAAGCAUAAGAAAUCACAUCGUAGCGAUGCGUAUUUCAAGCGACCAGAAGGUAUGCAUCGUGAAUUGUACAAUUUAUUAGAUCGAGAACGGAAUUUUGCUGCUCUCAUGCCAACAACUACCAAAAAUACUGGUUACUGUCAUCAGAAAGCUAGAAUUGGUAUGAGGCGUGUUCGACCAUGGGAAUGGACUCCGUUUGAGAAUGCUGCUCGUACCGAUGGCUUGAAAUUAAACCAUUGGAAACGUACGGAUAAACUGGAUGAUGUUUAUCCAUUUGCUAGAUUCAAUAAGGUCAUCAAUGUUCCAACAUUUACGGAUGCAGAAUACGACAAAUGUUUGAAUUCCGCAAAAUGGAGCAAAAGGGACACUGGCCAUUUAUUCGAUCUUUGUCGACGUUUUGAUUUAAGAUGGGUAAUCAUUGUGGACAGGUGGGAAGGUUCAACUCGUCGUACUAUGGAAGAGAUGAAGGAACGGUUUUAUAACGCUAUAAAUGAAUUAAAUGCACUGAGAAAUGAAAAUGUUGAUGCUCUAUAUUAUGAUGCGGAACAUGAAAAAAGGCGGAAGGAACAACUGAUAAAACAAUGGAAUCGUACAGAACAACAGAUCGAAGAGGAAGAAAUGUUGAUUGCUGAGUUAAAAAAAAUUGAGGUACGUAAACGGGAACGUGAAAGGAAAGCGCAAGAUCUCCAAAAACUAAUUACUGCAGGCGAAAGAACACCUGCAUCACCAUCAGUUUCCACUGUAACUGUUGUUCCCAGCUCCAGUAUGAAAAAGUCUCAUAAAUCUCGACUCCUCAAGAGUUCAUCUGUAUCAAAUCCUUCAGUUACUGCAUCCUACAUACAGGAUCAUUCAAAUCUGCGAUUUCCGGAAUUCCGAAGUGCUGGCGCACAUUUGAGAAGCCAAGAGAUGAAAUUACCAACUAAUAUAGGACAGAAAAAGUUGAAAAAUAUUGAAACUGUUAUUGAGAAGCUCAAACUUGAUUUGGUACCAUUCGGAGUGGCAGAUAUCGUGAAGGGUUAUAACGAAUUUCGGGCUCGUAUUGUACUCCUACAAGAACUGAAGCAUUCGUUGCAUUCAGCUGAAUUUGAAUUAGAGUCACUGAGAACACGUUAUAAUGCUUUAACUGGGAAGACUUUUGAUAUUGAGCCCAGAAUGAGAGUACGGACAGCAAGUGAAUCAAGUGUUACGGACACACCACAAUUAGGCACGGAGGGAGCACCAAUGACAAACCGAACAAUCACUGAUAUGAUUGAAUUGACUACAUCAUUACCGCAGACGAUGAGGAAACGCAAAGCACUAUCUUCAUCAACUUCUCCAUCGCCGGUAGAUAAUCGAAGGCUUCGGAAAUCGUGA